AUGCCUAGUUCUGCACAGACUGCAUGCCUAGUUCGGGUAGCUACGCUUCCAUGGUCAGUGAAGGUUUGGUGCAACGAAUUCAAGCAAGACCAUGAAUGUGUUGCGAAUGAAGUUUAUCCUCAUCCUCAUCGCACCAGUGUGACUAAUGAAAACACUUCACAUGUUCGUGAGCUUAUUGAACAGUAUCGACGCUGCACAGUGCUUCAAAUUUCAGAACUAGUUUUCAGCUAUGGAAGUGUCCAAUCAGUCAUCAGAAAGCAGCUGGGCUUCAGAAAAAUCUCAGCUCGUUGUGUUCCAAAGUUACUGAAUGAUGACAAAAAAGUUGCAUUUCUCAGUUGCUUCAAACUCACUUUGAAGAAAAGAAGAAGUGUUUUUGCAUAA